CGAGAGGGGAGCCGGAAGUGGCUGCCUCGGCGGCGAGAUGGCGUCCGCAGGCUCCCCGGUGGACCGGCUGCCCCCGCCCUUCCCGGUGGAGGCGGAGGCGGCCGAGGCGACCCACAGCGACCCCCAAGCGGACAGCGACUCGGAAGGGGAAGAUAUUUUCACCGGCAACGCCAGCAAGCCAGAGUUCCCCAGGAAGGAAUCCCCAGUGCCGCUGGAAAACGAUUUAGAAACAAAUGGCAUCCAGGAAGAACAAGAAGAUCCGGAUUUAUUUGCAGAUGCCACUGUUGAACUGUCCCUGGAUAAUACCCAAAACCACCCAAAGAAGGAGACGACAACAGUGUUCAGUCCUGUCCCCUCUCUAGAAAAACCAAGCCAUUCCUCUUCUAACCAGCAGUCCAAAACCUAUGAGGAGCUAGAAGAGGAAGAGCAGGAAGAUCAGUUUGAACUUUCCGUGGAAGUGAGCGAUCCAGAGAAAAUUGGAGAUGGAAUGAAUGCCUACGUCGCUUACAAAGUGUCCACAAAGACCACUCUGCCUAUGUUCAGGAUCCAGCAGUUCUCCGUGAAGAGACGAUUCAGUGAUUUUCUGGGCUUAUACGAGAAGCUUCUGGAGAAACACGCCCAGCACGGAAUCAUUGUCCCUCCUCCUCCUGAGAAGAGUUUAAUAGGAAUGACCAAAGUCAAAGUUGGAAAAGAAGAUUCUUCCUCCACAGAAUUCUUAGAGAAACGAAGAGCUGCCUUAGAAAGAUAUAUUCAAAGAACCGUAAGCCACCCCACUAUGCUGCAGGACCCAGAUGUCCGGGAAUUCUUGGAAAAAGAUGAGUUGCCACGUGCUGUUGGCACCCAAACCUUGAGUGGAGCCGGCCUCCUGAAGAUGUUCAACAGAGCCACCGAUGCAGUCAGCAAAAUGACCAUCAAGAUGAACGAAUCGGACAUUUGGUUUGAAGAGAAACUCCAGGAGGUGGAAUUCGAGGAACAACGUCUGCGGAAGCUACACGCAGUUGUAGAAAUGCUCGUCAAUCACAGAAAAGAGCUGUCGCUGAAUACCUCUCAGUUUGCCAAGAGCCUGGCCAUGCUGGGCAGCUCGGAGGACAACACGGCCUUGUCUCGGGCACUUUCCCAGCUGGCCGAGGUGGAAGAGAAGAUCGAGCAGCUGCACCAGGAACAGGCCAACAGUGACUUCUUUCUCCUGGCGGAACUCCUGAGCGACUACAUCCGUCUCCUGGCCGCCGUGAGGGGUGCCUUUGACCAGAGAAUGAAGGCUUGGCAGCGUUGGCAAGAUGCCCAGGUCACUCUGCAGAAGAAACGGGAAACGGAGGCCAGGCUUCUGUGGGCCAACAAACCUGACAAACUUCAGCAAGCCAAAGAGGAGAUCUCCGAGUGGGAAUCUCGCGUGACACAGUACGAACGGGAGUUUGAACGGCUCUCUGCCGUCCUCCGGAAAGAAGUCUUACGGUUUGAGAAAGAAAAAACAAAAGUUUUCCGGACACAUGUGACCAAAUACCUGGAGACAUUGCUCCAUUCACAGCAGCAGCUGGUGAAAUAUUGGGAAGCUUUUCUCCCGGAAGCGAAGGCCAUCUCCUAAGCAGGCUGGAUCAGCCUUCCUCCUGAACUGGACUGCCUUCAUCACUUAAUACCUCUUGGCCUUGGAUCCUACAGAGCUCUGAUCCCCCUUUGACCAAGGAGCAGUUUCCCCAGCUAGUAACUCUUCUAACUGUAUAUUAUUGUUAUUUUUUCCAUUUAGAUUCAUAUAUAAAUAUAUAUAAACACAAACAAACACACACACACACAUAUAUAUAUAUAUUUUCCUAUUGAAAAGAAACUCGCUUCCUGCUUACAAGCCAGGAGUAGGAGCGCAGGCAGGAAUUGGCGCACGGUUUUCGGACUUCGGCGUUGAAGCCACGGAUGUUUUCACUGACUUCGAUGGUACAACGACAGCAAAUGAAAUAAAACUUAAAAAUCAGGGCAAGGCCGGCUAA